AUGAGGUAUAAAAGAUACAAAGUAAAUCGUAAUAAAGUAAAACUGCAAAGAAACAAGAAGUUCUUCAAUGGAGUGCUUAGAGAGAAUAAGAGGCUGCUCCACCAGCUAGUAAAGAUCGAUAAAAGGCCAAUGGAGUUCUCAGUAAACAGCAUUGCUCAAAACAGCAUUCCUCUGCAAAGCUCACUUAAAGGAAAAUAAAAGACUUAGUAACCUCAAGAGAAUUACUAGGGAAAACCACUGGUUCCUUAAUAGACUCAGAAAUACUACUUCUGUAUACAAUGUUCUUGGGUGGGAAAACGAUCACGCCAAUCGCAAAAGCAAUACCACAGGUUCCUUAGGACGGAAAAGUUUUGGCACUUCAAUGCAAAGAGGUAAUUUGAUACAUCGAUAA